CCCCACCCACGCAGUGUUUUGUUUUGGUUUGUCAAAAGCGCGUGUGUAUGGCGGAGAUCCUUGACAGUGAGAUCUCAUUCUAUAAUUGUAACUGCUGGCCAGUAGUAAGGAUAACGGAGUGAAAUGUGCUGUACAUAUUGACCUGCAGUUUCGUGUCUCCUAAAUUCCAAGUUCCCAACGACCUGACGAACGCGUCGACUGCUGCAGGAAGAGCCCAAAGGCAGAGGGAAGAGAGACAAAAAAAAAAACAAGUAAAGUAAGAAGAAGGAACAAAAUACCGAUUCGGAUUUGGAACGGCGGCCUUCUUUGUCGCUGCUAGAAAGGAGAGAGCAAAACAAACAACAAACAGUUGCAAUGUGCUAGCCUCCGCUGCGAAUUUUCCUAAAACGUAAUAAGGAAUCGGCAAUUGCGUUCUUUCUUAUUCAAACGUUUCCUCACCUCACCUCGACGGACCUCUCGUUUCUACGCUCAUUGUUUAUCGACGAAAAAGACUGCCGAAAAUGAUGGACUUCCUCAACAAAGCAAGUGAAUAUUUUCAACACAACUACGGGUACAGAAGGCAGGAUGAAAGGGAACCUCCGGUCAUGGAGAAAUCGCGAAUUGCAGCUUACCUGAACUUUAUUGGUUGGAUGAUUUCCUUGGAGACCUUACUGGUCAGCGUGAUGAACUUUAUUUGCUGCAACAUCAUAUUAUUAUCUUUUUACGUUAUAAAUCUGAAUAUGAUCAGCACCGUUUGCUUGAUUUUUAUGAUUCUGGUAACAAUAAACUGGGUAUGCGAUGUCUUUGAGGUGGAGGAAUACCCGCAUUACAUUACGGAACAGCAGUUGAUCAGAGUUCUUACAAUCACAAAACGAUGCCUUAUUCGUAUAAGGCGAGAUGUACCUGUUUUGUUCUACUCGUUGUUGACUGUGAGCUUUUGUCUUGUCUACGUAGUAGGAAACAGCAUGAGUGGUAUCACUGUGAGUUACAUCGCGUUUCUGGUAAUCUACUUUUCCAAGCUCAUAGUUAAGUUCAUGCCGAGCAAGAUCAAGGAAUUGAUUUGCAGAUUCAUAGAUGACGUUCAGAAUGUUGAAGGGAUGAUCGAAGAAAGCGAUUUAAUACCAUACAAUACUGAUGAUUCGAAUGGCGAUAAAGACACCGAUCUGGAUAGUCUACUAACCGAUAGAACUCAAGAAUCAGGUAACAAUUCUUUGGCGAGCGGAUUGAGCACGAUGCCAUCACAUUUGGAUGACGAUUAUAUCCAAGAUGAUACGAUCCAGGAGGAUGAUCUUUUGCCAAGCACCAAACCCACCAAGAUCGAUGAUUCCAGUGAUUCCGAUUCAUCGGAGCACCGCAACAUCGAGUUCGAUUCGGUUUACUUCAACAAGGAUUCUAGUUCGAGCGAAGACGAGAACAGUUACUCGAAGGGCCUCAAGUUCUCGGAUGCGGUGGACAGUAAAAAGGUUGUUGCAGUAGAAGAAACAUCGCUAUUAUCCAGUCCGUACCUGAAUAUCGCUAACUUCAUAAGCAAUGUGAUGGUGAAAGCUAGUCAACAACAAGAGGUUGUUCAGCAGGAAGCUCCGGUCGAAGAAAGCGACAGUGAUUUCGAAAUUAUUAACAGCGAGGAUGUCGAAGAUGAGAAUGCAGAACACGUUUAAUGAAUCUUCUUUUGUGAUACAUAAUUAUUAAUAUUACUUCCUCCCAUUUCUUUUUUUUCUUUCUUUCUCGAAUCAAUUUUU